UAUGGCAGAGAAGGAAGGAGUAGUAGCAGAAAGAGAGAAACCCUCAAAACUGCAUCUGGACCUCAGUAGGUAACUAACCAGUCUGUUUACCAGCGAGCCAACCGUUCAGCUGGUAGGACAACCAGUCAGCUGCUGGUUGAUAUUUGAAAUCAGUUAGAUGGACGGACGGACGGCAACAUCAUAGUAUUUUAGUUAAUUCAGUCAGGAAGUUUUUCAGUGUUAUAUAGUCUGUUAAUCUUUUAGUCAGUCAUCCAGGUAUUAACUUAGGUAGCCAAUCAGUUAUUUGGUUGGAUGGUCAGUUGGGCAGUUUACCAUUUAUGUUUAGUCAUUUAUUCAGUCAAUUAUUUGUACUGUCAGUUGGUCAGUUUCUUGGUCAGUCUUUCAUUCAGUUAUUUAAUAAGACACUUCAGUCAGGCAGAGCCGUUAGACUAGUCAUCCAUCUAUCCCUCCAGCCAGGCAGCGAGUCAGCUGGUGAGCGAGGGGAGUGGCUCUCUGCUCUGCUGCCUUCAGCUGAAUAGCAGUCAGUCAUCCAGUGAUCCAACCUCCCACUCAUUCAGUCAGUCUUCCCUUCAGUCAGUCAGUCACUCCGUCAGUCAGUCAUUUGGUCAUUAAGUCAGUCGGUCAGUGGGUGUCGAUGCAGGGCUGCUGGUCAGCUGCUCUGGACGGCUCGUAUCUCUCUCAAGAUCUCGCACUGUGGAAUCAUCUAAGGAGCCACUGAGAGGUUUAUUGCGGGCAUCACUAUGACUGAUGGGGAUUAUGACUACCUUAUAAAGCUCCUUGCCCUGGGGGACUCCGGCGUGGGCAAGACCACCUUCCUGUAUCGAUACACAGACAACAAGUUCAACCCCAAGUUCAUCACCACAGUCGGCAUCGACUUCAGGGAAAAGAGAGUGGUGUACACAGCAGCCAACCCCAAUGGGACGACCGCAGGGAAAACCUUCAAGGUUCACCUACAGCUCUGGGACACAGCCGGGCAGGAGAGGUUCCGCAGCCUGACAACUGCGUUCUUCAGGGAUGCCAUGGGGUUCCUGCUGAUGUUUGAUCUCACCAGCCAGCAGAGCUUCCUCAAUGUCAGAAACUGGAUGAGCCAGCUACAGGCCAAUGCCUACUGUGAGAAUCCAGAUAUUGUGUUGGUAGGAAACAAGGCCGACCUGGCCGACCAGCGGGAGGUUCAGGAGAAACAGGCCAAGGAGCUGGCUGAUAAAUACGGGAUCCCGUACUUUGAGACGAGUGCAGCGACGGGAUCGGAGGUGGACAAGGCGGUGAUAACUCUGUUGGACCUGGUCAUGAAGAGGAUGGAGCAGUGCGUCGACAAACCGCCUGCCGAGCCAGCCAAUGGCAACGGGGCCACAAAGCUUGGCGAAGCGCAGCCCAAUGAGAAGAAAUGUGCAUGCUAGAUCGAGAAGAAAAUGACCAGUCAGCGCUUCUGUCGUCUGUCCUUUCUACUCGCCACAUUCCCUACUUCUUUUACCUUCUCCUCCUCUGUCAUCUUUGAUUGCAUGGUUCUUCAUCUAUCCCCUGUUCACCCUCU